AUGACUAAGGCAGCUAUUUUGCCAACAACACAUCCGAUUCCGCCUACGAAACAUCGACGAAAUUCUUUUGUCGAAGUUAGUGAUUAUAUUUUACGCACAAGAAGAUUUAGAAUAUUAGGUUCUGCUCUUGGAUUAUUUCUUUGUUCUUUAUGGGUAGUGGCACACUUUAGCGAUGCUAGUUUUAAUAUUCAUACUUUACAACGAUAUAAAAAUAAUGAGGCUGCUAUGGUUGCAGCGAGUGUUAUGGGUGAUGGUGGUGAAGAAGCCGAUACGAAAGAAAUACAAACAUGUACUAUUUCAAUUUACACAUUUCCAAAUGUAUUUGUGAAUAGUAUGUCGAUUGGUGGGUAG